AUGUGGCUUUUUGAACUGGGACCGCUGCACAAGAAGCAGCUUGGAUCUAUUUGUGACGGUGACAUCAACCCCGCUGCCUGUACCAUCAAAUACAGGACAUCUCACAUCAUCUACAGUAACGGCAAAACACAGUACGUCAGCGGAGGCAGCUGCAGCUCACCCGGAAAGUGUGUCAGCUGUAAUGCAGGCUUCUAUGCCAGCCCGGAGCGCUGCAGAAUGUGCACUGCCAUCAGCAACUGCGACCUCGAGGAGUGCACCAGCAGCACAAACCAGGCGUGUAGUCGUUGUGACGGUGUUGUGUCUGAGCAGGCAGGACACAGGGCAUACGUGGCAUCGUCCAACAAGAAAUCCUGUAUCAAGGCAUGUUCGUGGCGGAGUGACAGCACCUGGUGCUAUCCAGGGACCUGCAGAUCGGAGUACGCCAGCAACUGUGCCUGUACCAGUGGCUUCACAGGGAAGAACUGCCAGACUAUUACAACAAAGCCCACAAUACACUACAACAUCCUGCGACUGACGGCCAGCAAUGGUGACACAGCCGAAGCACCUCCAAACAUCAACAGUGGUCCAUCCCAGUCCACGAAAUGGUCCAACAUCAACUCUCCAUCCAGAAUGUACUACAAGUUCACGUCUGACUAUAAAGCAACACCCCCAACCGCACAUGCAUUCAUUGAAGGCUUCAAAGUGGGCAUUGUCAGCGGUACAACUACCAUCAAACUUAAGAGAGGUGGACGUGUGACCUCGACGAAGACAUUCAACUGCGGUGGAGCCAGCAGAACCAGCCCCGACACAAACCUGUACACGUGUGAAGGAAACCCCACAGGAUCGUCUGUACUACCUCUACCCUUUCAACACAAAGACGCUAUCGAAUUCUCCUAUGCAACAAGCAAUGGAGGGAACGUCAAGGUCCGGAACAAGGAGAGUAAUACACUGGCAACCCACUACUACAGUGGUGCCACACAGACCCACACCUUUACGAUGACCAUUGACCUGGUGGAUCCCUAUCACUGUACUGGCUCUACUGCCUGUGUUGGCAGCAUGCUGACCGCUCCCAAUAUCAUCAAAACUUCCACAGCCUCCUUUCGCUGGAGUGGCUGGGCCGAUGCUGAUGCAGGUGUCGACCACUUUGUGAGGGAAGUGUAUGAGCUCCACGCCGUAGGGGCUGAACUCAGAGUGAAACGUCAGGUCGACACUAAAACGUUAACCAGUUCAACGACAUCCAACAGCUACACACUGACAUCUGCGGGCGUGUACUCCGUAGUCCUUUCUGCCUACGACAAGGCAGGUAAUCACAGAAGUGCUAGAAGGAUCUUCAUGUACGAUGGCACGUCCGCUGUAACAGUUCAGGCUAAUAAACAACUCCGUGUGACGACAGCAUCAUCAGCAACGUCAGAAUGGCAAACUACGUCAUCAGCAGUGACCGUGGACUGGACCAACAGAUUCAUCAACACCGUGCAUCACAACAACAAGUGGCUGCAGCGGGUGGCUUCUGUUGCUGGUCUCGGCUCCGACUAUGAUGACAACGAAGGUGAUAGAAGAGUCUCUGCCAUCAGUAAUGUUCAAGAAGUAUCAGCAGUUAAAAGCCUGGAGGAUUCAACGAACGCCAGCUUAGCGUUAGCAGUCCACGAUGGAGCCUCCACGCAGUUUCAGCGUCUCAGCAGGAAGGAUUCUAACACAGAAGUAGAUCCAGUCAUUCUCCAGCAUUCUACAGACUGCGCAGAUACGGAUCUUCCAACUUGGACUUUCAUCAACCUGCGCGAGGCACUCACGGGAGGAGUCAGCAUGUCCCGCUGUUCAAUGAUAGCAGAUUUCUCCCUCAUCAUACGGAGCCCUUCAUGA